ACCUUUAGGAUGAGCUACGAUCAGUUGUGCCAGAAGAUUGGCAGUGCGAUCUUCAAAAUUGGCAGCAAUGUAACUGCAAUGCAGAAGUUGGUAGUACAGCUGGGUACACCUAGUGAAACACCCAACGUUAAGAAGCAGCUAGACAGCAAGAGAUCAGACGUACAGAGAAGUAUUGAGACUACAGGUGACAUGUUCAGGGAGGCUACAGAUCAAUGUAAAGUAGGCUCACAACAAGAACAGAAAUCCCGGAAGAUACAAGUGGAACGAUUGAAACAACAAUUCAGCGAAGCUAUUCAGAAAUUCAAGAAAUAUCAAUUGCUAGAAGCAGACAAGGAGCGAGCAGCAGUGUCGAGGAUGAGAUCCAGAACUACUUCUCUUCGUAACGAGAUGUCAAAACAACCUAAUGUGGACACGGCCUAUGCUGAUAAUGAUAGUCUUAUGGACGAUGAUUCAAGGCAGCAAAAUCUGUCACAGUUGCAAGAAUUCGCUGAUGAUCUGGAAACAACUACAGCUUUGAUUACAGAGAGGGAAGAAGCCAUUCGAAGACUAGAGACAGACAUGGUAACAGUGAACGAGAUCUUCAGGGAGAUUGGAACUAUGGUACACGAGCAGGGUGACAUGAUCGAUAACAUCGAGCACAACGUUGAAGUAGCAAGAGACCGUGUGGAUGACGGUGUUGUACAACUCGAAAAAGCUUCUACCUACCAAAAUAAAUAUCGAAAGAAAGUCUUUGUGUUUCUUGCUAUUCUAAUCGUGUUCGGACUUGUACUGGGUAUCAUAAUAUGGCUCACGACCAGGAAAAAGAAUUAAGAUAAGCGAGAUCUGCUUUUAUUUGUUACUGCGAACUGAAAAAAUGUACUGAAAUAUUUCAACUGAAAUGUCAGAGAUUUGAAAGUUGAAUUUGUUUAUAUUUGUGUUAUGAUUCCAGAAUAUGUAUUAAAUGUACAAAUCUGCCCCUUGUUUACAAGACGGAUAAUCUCAUGAUGAUAUUUAAAAUUUUUUGUACUUUUUGGAGAUUUUUUCUAGACUCCCCAUCAUUACCAACUAGCAUAAUGAUGAUCACAACCUUGAUAAUGGUGGCGUUGUUUGUAUUGAAAGCUAAGUUUCAAUACUGUACAAGCUUGAUAUGAAGAAUAUGCGUGCUAUUUACUAUUUAGGGGUGCAUUCCUACACCCCUGCGUGCUAUGUGCAUUGGUUAACGUUUUUCCGGAUAUGAAAUAAUUUCUAGAACUGAAUUUGACAUAUUAUUAAUAUUAGACUUUCAAAAAAUGUUAACUUCAUUGUUUGCCAUACAAUCACGUUAUAUUAUUGUCAAUUGAGAUUUGUAAAAACCAAAAAUCGAUAUCAAUGUUUUGUCUUUUAAUCAAA